CAACGACGACGACGACGAGCAACGACAAGCAGUAACUCAUACCGCACGCACAUCGAUACACACAUCCUACAAUGGCGCCCACCAAGCCUGACAACUCCAAGGCUGCCCACGCCAAGCCGGAUGCCCAUCAGACCCAGACCGACGCACAAAAGUGGGCCGAGCAGCACGGCGCGGCGGCCAAGCAGCCGCCGUGCCGCCUGUUCGCGAUCACGCAGUUCGAGUGCACGGCCACGAUGAAAAUCGAGUGCUUUCCGCUCGAGCGCAUCUUCCGCCAAUGCGGCAGUGGCCCAGCAGUCGAGGUCACGAACCACCUCACGGAGCAAGACGGCGUCGCCGUCGUCCAGCCGGCCUUCAUCGCCCACCCUCCCAAAGGAAAGGACUUUGACUUCAGGCUGUACAAGUGAGCUGCAGAGGGCGGCUGUCUUUGCGGGCCUUGGCGCCCGUCACCCGCGGUAGAGAACCCAGUAAGCCGCCGGCGCCACCCAGCGAGCGAUCGCAAGGUGCAAGGUGUGCCCCAAUGCGCCGCUUUCGCCUCUCUCUCUCUCUGUGCAUAUCGAGCCGAGCGAGAGGGCGCGCUCAAGGGCAAGCGAUCGCCUCGUCAAUGUUCGCUGUCGUCUGUCAGAUCGCCAGACGCAUCAGACUACAGUCCCCUCCCAUCAGACUGCUCAGGCUCGCCGGCCGGCACCGGGACGGGAGCUCCCGCCUCCGUCUUCCGAGAUGCGACUGCCAAUCAUGCACGACAAUGACGCGCACCCCCGUGCCUGCGAGUUGUGGUUACGUAGUACCGUCCAUAGGCGGAGUAGUCGAGUGCGGGAUGAUAUUUUUUACUGGUG